GCUCGGCGGUGACGCGCGGCCCUCACGUGACCAGGAGCCUAUGUCUGCCCAAGUCCCGCUCUCCUGGUCCUUUUUGCCUGUCCAGACACCGUCUGCCUCCUGCCCUUCGGUCGAGGGGAAGAGCAGAAGGAAGUCUGUAAUUCUGCAGGUUACAGCGGAGCGCCUCGAGGAGAGGACGCCUAGAGCAAACCACCAGGAGAGGUCCAGGUCGGCGCCAAGACCAUCCUGAACAUGGAAAAAUCCUGCAAAGAAAAUGAAGAACAGCCACAGAGCGCACCCAAGACGGAUGAGGAGCAGCCUCCAGUAGAGCACUCUCCCGAAAAGCAGUCUCCAGAGGAACCAUCUUCCGAGGAGCAGCCUCCAGUAGAGCACUCUCCCGAAAAGCAGUCUCCAGAGGAACCAUCUUCCGAGGAACAGUCCUCGGAGGAGGAGUUCUUUCCCGAGGAGCUCCUUCCCGAGCUCCUUCCCGAGAUGCUCGUGUCUGAGGAGCGCCCUCCUCAGGAGCGCCUUUCUAGAAGGGACCUUUUUGAGGAGCGCCCUCCCAUGGAGCAGCCUCCUUGUGGAGUGGGAAAACAUAAGCUAGAAGAAGGAAGCUUUAAAGAGAGGCUGGCUCGCUCUCGCCCGCAAUUUAGAGGGGACAUACACGGCAGAAAUUUAAGCAAUGAGGAGAUGAUAAAGGUAGCAGAGGAGAUGGAAGAAAUGAAAAGAGUGCGCAACAAAUUGAUGGUUAUGCAUUGGAAGGCGAGACGGAACCGCCCUUAUCCUAUUUAAUGUGUUCGGCCUUUAAUUGUUUUGCCUGGUAUAAGUAUUGCCACCUGAACGUUGCAUUUUCUUAUAUACCUUUCCCCAUCUCAAUUAUAACUUUUCGCGUGGCUUUAUUCUAGGUGUUUCACUUGUAACUGGCAUUAAAUUGGGUUUUCCCCACCCGCAAGCUGCAAGUUUCACUUUUCAAUCAUGAGUCUCAUCCAUUUGCAUGAAAAGAUGUACUUUAUAUAUUGUGAAGUGAAAUUUUUGAAAAGUAUAUGUUGUAUCCCAUUUUGUAAAAAGAAUGUAUAUUUAUAUAUUAAUAUGCAAAGAAAAAACAAAGUAUAUCUUAAAUGGCUUAACAGUGGCUAUCUGUGCGUAAUAGGGGUUUUGGUUUGUUUUUCAUUUUUGCUUCAUCGGAACUUUCAAGACAAACAUAUUUUACUUUUGUUGAAAAAAAAUAUAAUGGGAAAAACUUUUAAAAUUGUCAUUCAGCUUAUAAAGGCAAUGUGGCACUUAAUAAAUUCUUGUCAGAACUUUAAAAAAAAGUAAA